AUGUCGCUCAAGGAUAGGAUCUCGUCACCCCUCGAGGCUGGUACCUCAAUCCUCGAUGCUCAUCACCUGCCUCCUCAUCUGGCACCGGCUCUCGAGCAUGUAUCUUCGCGUCUGGCCCGCAAGUCGCAGCAUAUCACGCUUGUUGUAGCCCGUCGGGAUUAUCAACUCCCUUCUGUUGUGCCCCCCAAGGGUCUGCUGACUCCGACGACUCCUUCACCACUGUCUCCUGGUCUUCGCUUGAACCUCUCUCAAGGUCCUGUCUCCAGGCUCAAAUCGCUGGUGAGGACUGGUUCUUCAACAUCCCUGAGGUCGAUGAAUUCUCCACGGAGUGCUUUGUCUUCACCCGGUCAGGUCCCCCCGCUCGAAGCCUCCAGCCCUCGGUUCAGAUGGCCUCUUUCACCAUCCACGCCAAUGUCUCCUCCUCCCAUGACACCUUGUACCGCAUCAUCGACCACCACCGAUACCAUGAGCUCAAUGAUGAGCGCUUCGUCAGGCUUCGGUAUGCGACUUAUCCACACCAAUGAGCUCCACCCUAGGUCCGAAAAGAUCCUCAAUUCAAUUCUGAGCAAGACGGAGAAGAAGUUCGCGAUAGGCACUGAGUGGCUAUCACCUGCUGUGAGAGCUUCCUCUUGCGGGCUCACCAACCAGCUCAUCCAUAGCUCCAUCAUCCAGAACGAAGUCCUUUUCUGCUCCGAAGGCCUCACAGUUCUAUCACUCGAUAGAUUGUACAGUCUCAAGAGUGCCUUGUCCAGCUAUUCCAAAACGAAAUCCCACCUCCGUCUCGAAGACGCCGUUGACGAACUCCGACGUAUCAUCCUGGCUACCAAUGGUGCAAAGGUUUCGAAAACCGCCAUCCUCCGAUCGUAUGACUGGCUGAGUGUGUCUAAUUGGGCACUUGUGGACCUUGAUCGUAUGUAUAGGCGGGCAUAUGGAGGGCCAGAGCAGUAUGGUGGUAUCUCGGGUCUUACUAGCUUUGCGGAGCCAGCCAUAAAACCUAUCAGCGACUCGCAAGAGAGAUACAAGGAAGAAGAGGCUGAGGAGGCCACGGUAGGCCUGGCUGUCUCCAAAGGAAAGACGCCCUCGCCCAAGCCUCUGCUCAAACUCCAGACAAAUUUCACUCCGGGGCCCAUUCUGAAACCGAAGCCCAAGAAGAUUCAAGUCCCAGCUCCAGUUUCGGUUCCAGCCCAAGCUCAGGCUCAGGCUCAAGCUCAAGCGCAAGCACCAACCCAGACCGAAGUAGAAGAGGAGGAAGACGGCGACCGCACGGCACGACCGACAGAUCAAAUGUAUUUCACAAUGCAACAAUGGGAGCCACCUUCAACGAUAGACCAAAUCUUAACCGCUGGUCCCAUCAAUCGAAGCGCUUUCAGUCCCCUCACGCCAACAACGAUCAUGAGUCCAGCAUCACCAAGAUUUGGACCGUUAACGCCCCAUGACUAUGACGAUAUUUCGCCCACAACGCGAGGAGAAUGGGGCUUCAUGAUGGCAGACAAUGCCUUCCAGAGUGGUCGCAAGGCCGGAGUUGAGAUCUUUUGA